AUGAAAGGAUUCAUGAAUCCAAUAUUCCAACCUGUUGAUAAUGACAUCCCGGUUGAGGAAAGAAGAACUUUUCAGAAAACUAUAUCAAAUUUUAGUUAGAAGAAAGAGUUACCAAAAGAAUAUGAGCGAAUUUUUUCAUCAAUCACAGACUCCUCCUAACAGUUUAAUGACAGCAUAUUAUUGCCAUUUGAUAAUUCAAAAUAUGAAUAAAACCUUUUACUACAGAAUAACAAUUGCAUUUAGAUAAAUCAUCCUGCUUAGUCAAAAAAUUAGCGACCAAUCGUUAAAUUUGAUAAGAAUCGCUUAUAACAGAUACUGCAAACUCUCGCAAACCACCAUCCUAUUUAAUUCCAGCCUAAAAAGGAGUAAAUAAUAAAUCCAAAUAAUUAAUCAAAGAAUAAUAAGACACCCACUUAGACUAAUCAACCCCAAAUCAACAGCAAAAUGAGAUGUAUAAUGAAAAACGAUCUAACUCCAAAAAAUAAACCUACAAUCAAAUAAAUAGAAAAUGAUGCUAAAUCUCAGAAGCAAAGAUCAUCAACCAAUUAUACUCCAAGAGUUGAAACAUCUCUCAUAGCAGCAUGUCAUCAUAGUUCUAAAAAUUUAGAUGCAAAUCUUAUCUAAAAAUAAGAUAAUCCAAAUAUUAUUUAACUUUUACAAAAAAGAACAAAAUCCUAAUAUCACCCUAAACAAAUGAUUAAAUACUAAAUCGAUGAAAUAAAUGGGAAAAUCCUACAACUAAAAAAUCUCAUAUUUAAAUCAAUUAAAUAUGAUCCUCUGUAGGAAUCUAUUCAAUCAUCGAUAUUCAAAAUUAUUUAACAAAAUGAAGAUAGUAAUCUCUUGCAGAAAGAGAUUACCAAUUUGAAAACAUUCACAAAUUCAAAAUCAUUUAAGGAAUCGAAAUGUCAUAUUUUUUUUAAUGUUUAAAAAUUAAUAUCAUUGGCUAAAGAGAAAUAAAAAAAGCUAUAAAUAAUAAUGGUAUUUAAUAAAGAUGGCUCAUCAAAUGAUAGUAUAUAAAGUCCUAAAACAAAUUGCAUAUUAUCAAGAUAGACAACUUCAGACAACAUUGUAGAGGAGGUCUAAGAUGAUAAAAAAAAAUUUUAUUAAUUAGUUGUAAGCAGAAAACUAGAUAUGCCGUUUAAUCAUCCAAAUAAAGAUAUAUUACUAAGUGAAUUAUAUGAAAAGGCAUUGAAAUUAGGCAUUAAGAAAUGUGAAUGGUAACAUUUUAUUGCUAAUGAAAUGAAAAUUUGA